GGAACUACGGUGACAGUCCCCCGGGUGGGGUAUGGGCCAGUCAUGGCGGAGCCUUGGUCUGGGCAGUCCUUGCAGGCUCUUCCGACCACGGUGUUGGGCGCGCUGGGCACCCUGGGCAGCGAGUUCCUGCGGGAGUGGGAGGCGCAGGACAUGCGCGUGACCCUCUUCAAGCUGCUGCUACUCUGGUUGGUGUUAAGUCUCCUGGGCAUCCAGCUGGCGUGGGGGUUCUACGGGAGCACGGUGACAGGGCUGUAUCACCGCCCAGGUCUGGGCGGCCAGAACGGAUCCACACCUGAUGGCUCCACGCAUUUCACUUCGUGGGAAACAACAGCAAAUGAACCUCUCAAAACCCACAGAGAAUAAGGGAAGGCAGCAGAGGGAUCUCCAGGGACAUCACCGGGUCUGCUGGUUCCCACACUGGGUUCUGCUGCUGCCCAGACCCCAGAGACUGCAUGGGGGGAGGGGUUGGGGGCAGGGAGUACCCCAGUGCUUGAAGACCUGGCCCUCCACUGCUCUUGGCCUUGCCUCCAGCAGCUCCAGGCAUUGGGCCAGUAAAGUUUGCCUCUACCCAGAUCUGGGUGCCUUAAGGAGAGAAGACAUGUUCCUCCUCUCUCAGGGGUCAGCUCAGGAGGAGCCUCUGGGUUGGGGAGGCCAACAGUCCAUUUUCUGCCUUGGCUUUUUCCUGUCCCCCUUCCAAUCUGCUGGGAUGUGACCCCAUAGAAAUUUCCUUGAGAAGAAACUUGAGGUUGACCAGCUCUGGGAUUUGUAAGGGAAGUCUGUUUUCUCCUAAGCUCUUGAAUUUGUUUUUGCUUUGUUGGCAGGGAGCCAGGAAAGACUGGCCUAGACAUGGCCUUAUACUCUAUGGUUACUUAGCUGGCCAUACAAGCGCCAGGGGGCGCUUGGCACUACCUGGACGUGGAGGCACCAAACACCCACUUCCCUAGCCCAUCCAGAGCUUUUCAGGUGUGAGUCAGGCUAUGGAAAUUGUCCUUUCCUGAAUAUUAACUCAUUUAUACUCUUCUCAAUCCUUGUUGGGAGGUUGGGUGCCUGAAAGACGCUAAGCCCCAAGGAUGACCUUCCACCCCCACCCAUGGGGUUGUACCCUGUCCCCUCACAGAGAGGUACUAAGCAGUUACCGCUGAGUGGCUCUGCCACUUCAUCACUUCCCAUCUUGACCCGGAACCACAAGAGCUUCAUCCUAAGAGGCCACAGGCUCAGCUCGUCCCCACUAGCACCAUCUCAGCCCCCAAGAACCCUCCCUCAACAGCCGGGAAGAACCACAGGCUGGGCAGGCCUGCCACUUACACAGUGGGCCAGGGGAGCUUCCAAAGGUGUGGGAGGCACAUGCCAGUUUCUGAAAGCAGCAUGACCCUAGAACUGCCUCCCUUCCUGAAGGCUGUAUUUCUAUACUUGUUUCUGCUGGACCACCAGCUACCUCAGUAUCCCGCUGCCUGCUUCCUCUAUCCAUCUGGCAGCCUUUGGCUAGGCCACCUUUGCAGCAGAAACACACUGGAAGUAGGACUACACUGAACUUGUGUACGUGUAUCUACUUUGGAGGUAUCUUCUGACUGGUAGGAUGAUGGUUUUGCAGCCUCAGGCCUACCCACUGACACCACCACACAUAGAAUCAGGGUCUCACAUUUUACCCCAGGUUCAGCUGAGGAUGUGGCUUAUUAAACUUGGAAGUGCA